AUGACCGACCUGACCGGAGCGCUGUCUGACAUUCUGGUGCAGAAGCACUCGUCAAAGGCGCUCUCUCCACACAGUGACCUGACGGCCAGGCUAGACUCGUUUCUACGGGAAGCGUACCAGAUCAACAGAUCCAUAUCCUCUCUGCUAGACUAUCUACGAGCGAUACGGACUCCCUAUCUAUCAAGCGCCCCUCCUCCACGUCAGAAGCGUAUAGAUGUCGAGCGCCAGUCGCUGUCUUCCCAUACACCGGGCAGGCAUGUGGCGGAGCAUCUGAACGACUCUCAGCGCGAAGCCAUUGACUCCGAAACGUCCUCCGUCUUACGAGACAUCAAUAAGAAGAUAACAGAUCUCAACUCGGCAGUGACUUUACAGCACGAUACAGCAAGUAAAGUCCUCGAGCAAAAAUAUGGUAAACCCAGUGGAGUAUUGUGGCGCUGGGCAGCAGGAGACGGCGACACACCGGAUGCAGGCAAACCCCAGGCACAGAUCGACGAGGAAGGACAACUAAGGACGUUAAAGAUGUUCAGAGACGGCGUGUUGUGGUAUCUCGGGAAAAUGCUCAAGGACGCCAUCACCGUUCAGCAGGAGAUGGUGGAGAAGCGCCUCGAGCGCGAGCAGCAGAAGCAGAUGAGCAUACUCUAUAACCCGCGGAACAAGGGCGUACGGGCGAACAACAGCAUGAACGCUACAGUGAAUGGCGUGUCGGAGGGAAUAGAAAUCCCGCCAACCCAGGAUCUGCGUGGUCACGACGAAUACAAACCCUGGACAGAUCCUCAGGGUGUUGCGGAACAGGAACUAUCGCCUGAGCAACUGCAGCUGUUCGAAGAGGAGAAUCGCGGGAUAUUCGAGCACUUCAACGACCAGCUCGCCAAGGUCACACAGGUGGAAAAGUCCCUGAUGGAGAUUGGGAGUCUGCAGCAGACGCUGGUGGGGCAUCUCAGCGUGCAGGGGGAGAUGAUUGAUACCUUGGUCCAGGAUGCGAUGAACACGGACGAGAAUGUGAGGAAGGGCAAUCGAGAAUUGAAAAGGGCCAGUGAGAGGGGGAGUACGGCCAGGCUGGUGUUUUAUGCCACGGUGGGAUUUUGCUCGUUCUUGGUGGUUUGGGACUUGGUAUUCUGA